CUGAGUAUGUUAAUGUCUAUCCAAGAAGCAAUUCAAGUUCUAAAAGAGCUUUGAAUAAAAGUGAUGUGAUGAACCAAAGAAUUUCAAGAAAAGAACUCCGUGAUCUCAAGCACGCUCUGCCGCCUGAGAAUCCUUCUUGACACCCGAAAGAGCAGUGUCAAAUGCUAUCAGGAAAGCAAGACUGCUUUAUUAGGAAAAGCUCAGCCAAUAUUACUUAAAACUCAGGCUGAUUUAUUCAGGACAAACUCUCAAAAUAUUAGUAGCUUCUCAAGCGAGCAUUUGUCUCCAAAGAAGAAAGAAGAUAUUCCAAUGAGAAUUAUCAAUCAGAAUAUGGAUAGCUCUAAAGAAGAUAUCCAACAAAAGAAGAUCGACCUUGAGACUGAGUUCUUGAGUAGCAAGAAUUCUAAAGCAGUAUCUCCUCUCCAUCAUGUUGUUGAGUCGGAUAUUAAUAAGGAUAUCCCUACAGAAUUGAGAGCUGUAAUGCAGUAUCAGAAGAGGAAAAGAGAGAACCACAGUCAAGGCAUCUCUAGAAAGAACUACUGGCAAGAAACCUCCCUGAGCUAUCAGCCUGUAAAACAAGAAUUUGAAGAAAGCGGGUUUCAAGUCAAGACCAAAAACUUCAAAUUCAAGAGAGUUAAAAAGAAAACUGACAAAAUUUUCGUCAUGAAAGGAGAAAUAGAAAAGUCACAAUACAAACCGAUCUUCAUUGCUGGAGGAAAAAGUGAAAUUAUUAAUCAAAAGCAAAAGGCGCCGGACCGACAUAAUUUGGUGUAUAAACGCCUCCAAGAAAGUUAUAGCCACGGGAUCACACCAGGUUCUUGUUUUAUGGGGAAACAAGAGGAAAGUAGCUUGAUCUUGCCCAUUCAGAACUCAGUUGAGUUUAAAAGAAAUGCUUCUAAUGUUGCUAUCGGAGUGAGAAAAAUUUCUAGCAGCUCUACACAACACAGGAAUAAGAUUAAAUCUGCCGGUAGAGUCAAGAGGCUACCAGUGGCAGGGACUGAGUUGAUUCAAGGGAAGAAAUAUGGUCUACAUACUCCUCCUCAAAGAAAUCUUGAUGCUGUUAAAGGAAACUAUUCAUCACCAACUCUGAAACCUCAAAAAGAGCCACUGCAUUUGCUAUCCAGCGACUUGAAACUGCCACAAUUUUUAGGAGUAGAUGACUUAGAGAAGACUCAGAAUCUUCUGAGUCAGAACUUGCCAACUGACAAUCAGAUGAGCGAUUUGAAGACUGGAGGAGCUGCUUUGAACUUAUGCUCAGAAACUUCAUACAAUUUCUUAGGCCAGGACUCUAAGAUUGACAAGGGAGGAUCAAUCGGAUUCACAGCACUUGAUCCUGAAGAGAUGAAGGAAUAUAAUUGCCCAGAAAAUGACACUGACGACCAUUAUAAGCUAGCUGAUGUGUAUAAAACCACAGCGGAUAAAAACCCCAGAGAGAAUUACACGAAAUUCAAAAAGAAGGACCAAAGACCUGGGAAAGCUCAAAGAAUUUGUAAGAAUAAAGGAAUUCAGAAACUGAAUAGCAGAGCUAUGUAUCUAUCCCUAUCGCCCAAGCAUUCGAAGAGAAACGUGGAGAGGAUCCAGCUAAACUCAGUGAAGAAGAGGGUCCAAGACAUGCAAGUUAUUGGCUGCUCUCCAAUUUCUGAAGGGAUUUGUGACACUUCAAACCGUCCAUUUAGCCCAAAAAUGCCUGAUCCAAAAGAAUCUACCGAGACUAAGUUUUUAUAAAUAGAUUUUUGGGUUCUGACUCAAAUGAGAAGCAAAGGGAUAAUAUUGAGAAAUUACUUCCUUUGUCUGAAGAAAUGAGAGAAAGCAAAUUUAUAGAAAAAGGCAGUGAUAUCCAGCCCUCCAAGGACAUUGUCUCGAUUAAAAACGAAGAACAUGAGCUAAAUGCUUCGAAGGGAGUUGGGAUUAGGAAAGAGGAAUAUAAGGUUAGGGUAAAGUCUAAGUUUAUCAAGAAAAUGUCCCAGACUUUGUCUCCAAAGAUUCGGAAGGGAAGGGCUACCCCAAAUGCACACCUUGGAACCUAUUUUAAUAGUUUUAAGUUGAAUGGAAAAAUAGCGAGGGAUUCUAAGAUUAUCAGGUCGAUUCCUUCAGACCGGAGAAUUCAGAGCCCAAUGAUCACCUUUUAUAAGCAACAGAGCAACUCAGAGACAGGGAUGAAGUCUAGCAGCAUUAAAAGCUUCAACCAGAUGAACUUGGUCUCGAAGUAUUCUAAGAAGGUGAGGUCCAUUAGGAAGCAAGAAAAUGAAAACACUAAGGAAAUAUCUCAGACAAUACCUGAAAAGAAAAUGGUUAUUUCCAAAGUUGCAUCAAGAGAAUCGUUCAGGAGGAAUAAUCUCAAAGCUUUGAGGAAAGAACGGACUGGAAACACCAAGGAACAUUUCUCUAACACAAUUGUCCACGACGGGAGUAGUCUUUUGUCGGGGACAAGUGUAAAUGAUCCUUCGAUAAUUAAAUAAUCAAGUCGGAUUAAUACAAAAGAUUUUACAUCCCAGUUUUCAAUCAAACAAAUAUAGCAAGAUCAGGAUUAGUCAUAAUAUUAAAGAAGUCUGUGAUUACCAAGCCAGUUCCAGAAAUUUUAAGAAAGUUGAUAUGCGCUCAACAGCGUGUAUAAAUCCUCCAAAGAACUACAUUGAGUAUAAUAAGCAGCUAAUCUCGAAUAUGGGGAAGAAGAAGGACCAAGCGGUUAUUGCAAAAUCGCAACAAGAAAUGAGUCAGACUCAGAAAAUUGGUGUCGUUCAGUUCUGUGUGAAGGAAGACAUUGAACGGUUAGAAUGAGAACCUGGCCAAAAGAUGGUACACAAAGGAGAAAAGAUCAUUUGGGGUAGGCUUGAGAAGCAUAAGGUUGCUCUUAACACAGCUACUAAUUUGUUGCAAGAAAUUAAGAAUUCUCGGCCAAAGAAGACAAGCUUAGCACAAGGAUUAGCUAAGAAGUAAUUGAAAAUUUAUAGUUUU